CUUCUUCCGUCCGACAUUUUCUGCCCCGAGAAAGUUGGCGACUGGACCAACCCCAUGGAUUACAGACCUCAAGCUCUACUCAACUCAGACUACAAAAUAUUCUCUCGAAUUCUUGCGACACGGACAAGGGGGCACCUUCACCGACUUAUACAUGCCAAUCAGUCAGGUUUAGUCCUGGGGGACAACUUCACGACACUGUAG